AUGAUAACGCCUGCUGAAGUCAAAGGAGGACCAGGCCUUUCUAUCCAUCUACUCGACCCCUCUAUACCGCUCUACCCUGGCUUCAUUAUCCGCGGCCACGUCACCCAAAAAUCGCACAUCGUCGCCGCCUUUGCUACCAUUCGCUUUUGUCUAAUGGAUUGUUAUGAUGCCGGCUUCGAGUUCUGGAACCAGAACGCCGUAUCGCAAGUCGUCCACCGGGUGCCUCUACACACGGAUGGCAAGGCCCUGAAUGAGGGGCUUCGAAGGGUCCAACGGGAGGCCAGCUAUCUCCGCGCACCGGAAGACGUAACAGGCAAGCAGGCACUGCCAGAAGUACUUUCUCGAAGCGGUGAUACUGGUGGAGGGGAAGAAGAUGCACCCUCUCGAGGCAACGCUGCCAGUGCGGGUAUCGUCACGGCUGGCGCGGGCGGUGAACACGGAUUUCGAAAUGCGUGGCACGAUGACGGAAGGAUCUGUGACAAGCCAUCGGGAAUGGAGCACGCGGAACUGACGUGGAAUCAGAAAAUGCAGAUGUUCCUCGGUUCGAAAAGGGUGCCGGCAUGGCACUUCAAGUUACGAGUGGAGUGUUCCUCGGUCAUUCAAUUGGGCAACCCUGCCGCUACCCCGUUCCGGCUCAACAUCAUCCCCGACCGUGCGAAGAGCUCCGACCUACUUCGCGAUGUCCUGCAAAAGGUUUAUCUGACGAACGCGGUGAUCAAUCUCUUGACGAUAGCGGGUGUAUCGUGCCCAGGAAGAGGUGAAGCGCACGAGGGUAAAUGUACCGAAACAAUGACGUUGCACAUUGACCAGGCCAUCGCGGUUAAGACUGGUUUGCUCCUGGUUCCAUUAGCUGCGGGAGAGAGGGCAUUGGAGUUGAGCGCACCUUUGGAUGCGCGCAGUCGCUCGGCACCGCGCGAGCAUAAACAUCAUUUUCCACUGGGGCCGGAUUACACAACGUACGGCUUUUUUUUGGCUCACACUUUCAAGUGGAAGUUCCACCUUGUCGUCGCAGGGGAGUCAUGGAAGUGUAGCGGGUCUCAAGAGUUUGUUGUGUCGCCGGCUGUUGAGAGGGUGGCAGCUGCAGACACACAGUCAUGA